CGUCCCUGUGACACGUGUGUGAGGCGCUGGAGGCCCGGAUGGUGCGCGUGCGGCCCGGGCCGAGGAGACGCCAGCGCUGCGCGGGCCUGCCGCGGGCCGCUGGGGGCCAGGUGCUGACACCCUUUCUGGACUCUGCAUGUGGCCGCAUUGGCGACUGAACAGGCCAUCCUCUGGGAGUCCCUGGAUUGAAGUGCCCAGAGAACUUGAUUCCCCGCUGUUGGGGGAGCAGCCCACCUCGGCCAGGCAUCCCAGCCUUUAAGUCUGGUGGCGUGUUUUCUGCUGGGGACUAGCCUGAUUUCCCGUGCUCAGGAGCCUCGUGAUCCACGGCCUUCUUCUGAAGAGCAUAGGUCUACAGACAUGUGCCCAUCCCCUUGUGUGCUGUUCCUUUAUUACAAGGCUAUAUGUGUGAAUGCACCAUGCCAAUAGUCGAUAAGUUGAAGGAAGCCCUGAAACCUGGUCGCAAGGACUCGGCUGAGGAUGGGGAACUGGGAAAACUGCUGGCGUCCUCCGCCAAGAAGGUCCUUUUACAGAAGAUCGAGUUCGAGCCAGCCAGCAAGAGCUUCUCCUACCAGCUAGAGUCCUUGAAGAGCAAAUAUCUGCUGCUAAACCCCAAGACGGAGGGCGCCAGUCGCCCCCGGAGUGGAGAUGAGGCUCAGGCCAGGAGACAGGGGAGUGAGCGCCCAUGUGGUGGUGAUGGAGUCCCAGCCCCACAGAAAGUGCUCUUCCCCACAGAGCGCCUGUCUUUGAGGUGGGAGCGGGUUUUCCGAGUUGGCGCAGGGCUGCACAACUUGGGCAACACCUGCUUCCUGAACUCCACCAUACAGUGCUUGACCUACACACCGCCUCUGGCCAACUACCUGCUUUCCAAGGAGCAUGCACGGAACUGUCACCACGGAAGCUUCUGCAUGCUGUGCGUCAUGCAGAACCACAUUGUCCAGGCCUUCGCCAACAGUGGCAACGCCAUCAAGCCCGUCUCCUUCAUCCGUGAUCUGAAAAAGAUCGCCCGGCACUUCCGCUUUGGGAACCAAGAGGAUGCGCAUGAGUUUCUCCGGUACACCAUCGACGCCAUGCAGAAGGCCUGCUUGAACGGCUGUGCCAAAUUGGAUCGUCAGACACAGGCUACUACCCUGGUGCAUCAGAUAUUUGGAGGGUACCUCAGGUCACGAGUGAAGUGUGCCGUGUGCAAGAGCGUCUCGGACACCUAUGACCCCUACUUGGACAUCGCCCUGGAGAUCCGGCAAGCUGCAAAUAUUGUGCGUGCUCUGGAACUUUUUGUGAAGCCAGAUGUCCUGAGUGGAGACAAUGCCUAUAUGUGUGCUAAAUGCAAGAAGAAGGUCCCCGCCAGCAAGCGCUUCACCAUCCACAGGACUUCCAACGUGCUCACCCUUUCCCUCAAGCGCUUUGCCAACUCCAGUGGGGGGAAGAUCACCAAGGAUGUAGGCUAUCCGGAAUUCCUCAACAUCCGCCCAUAUAUGUCCCAGAGUAAUGGCGAUCCUGUCAUGUAUGGACUCUACGCCGUCUUGGUCCACUCAGGUUACAGCUGCCAUGCCGGGCACUACUACUGCUACGUGAAGGCAAGCAAUGGACAGUGGUACCAGAUGAACGACUCCUUGGUCCAUUCCAGCAACGUCAAGGUGGUUCUCAACCAGCAGGCCUACCUGCUCUUCUACCUGCGAAUUCCAUGCUCUAAGAAAAGUCCCGAGAGCCCCAUCUCUCAGGCAGGCUCUACCCUUCCCAGCCGCCCAAGUGUGGUUCUAGAUCAUACCAAGAAGAACAUGGGCAACGGCGUAGCUACCUCCCCAUCAAUGGCAAAGCGACCAGACCCUGUGCUGGUGAGGAAGCUGCAGGUCCCCGAGGAGAUCGGCGAGCCUGUUUCCAGGAAUGGCUCUGUGCCGGCCCUGAAGUCACAGAAUGGAUGUGUUCCUGCAAAGCUGCCCUUGGGGUCACCUUCCCCCAGACUCUCCCAAACACCCCCCCACACCCCCACCCUUCUGGAGGAGCCUGGGAAGAAGGUGAAGAAGCCAACUCCCCCACAGCACUUCUCCCCGUCCCUGCGAACUCCUCAGGGCUCCCCUGGUACCAGUGAAUCGGGGAGCCGUCGGCAGGGCUCCUGGGCCAGCCGAGACACUGUCCCCUCUACCUCACCGAAGCUCCUGGCCAGCGCCACUGCCAAUGGGCUUGGGCUGAAGGAGGAGGACGGGAGCACGGACCUUGAGAAGGGGGCUUCUAGCAGCUCUAGCCCGGAGCACUCUGCCAGCAGUGAGCCUGCCAAGGCUCCACAGGACCGCGGGGGCACGGCUGUCCGCAUCUGUGCUUCUCAGGAAACAGACUGUCCCUCCGGUCCCUCCAGAGCACCACCAAGUGAAGCCGAUUCUGCAGUGGUGAAGCUGAAGUCCCCCGCCCUGGGCAGCGCCACCACUGAGCCUGCGAACCUCAUGUCUCCACCGCCAGCCAAAAGGCUGGCCCUGUCUGCCAGGAAGGCCAGCACCCUGCGGAGGGCGACCGGCAAUGACCUCCGUUCACCUCCCCCCUCACCAUUCUCCGACCUCACCUCCCCCAUGGAAGCUGCUCACCCCGUCGUUGCCUCCACCUGGGCUGUCAGUAGAACCAGGGCUGUGUCACCUAUCCCCCGAUCAUCCAGCCAUCCAAAGCCGCCUGUUAGCCCUCCCUCUACAUCACUGACCAGUAGUAGCCCCCAGUCCCCGGGGACUUCAGAGCCACAGAGCCGUUCCUCUUCCUGGACUGCCCUGCCUCAGGUCAAUGGGGACUUCACGUCCCUUUCACACCAGCUGUCACUGGAGGCCAGCAAGGCCCCUCAGAGCCCCUCUAGGAAGAAGAAGAAGCUGCUCACAGGAGAGCCCCAGAAACUAGGCUCAGUGGCACGUCAGCCCCAGUGCCUCAGGGGAGAAGCUGUGGCGCCCCGCAGGAAGAGGAAAAGGAAGAAGAGGAAGUGUCCAGAGGACACGGCCGCUGUAGCCCCUCAGGAGGGUCAGACUCGGGGGCAGCCCUGGAGCCCCAAGAGCAGGAAGAAGCACCAGGCAGAUCUUGCAGCUGAUCCACAGGAGGAAGAGGGCACACGGCCACAGGCAAACGUCCUAGAAGCCCACCACCUGAGUAGCAGGAAGCGGAGGAGGAGAGGAGUGGAGGGAUUCGGGAGAGUCGGGCUACCCCAGGACCCACCUUGGCCCAGCAGCUGCCCCUCCCCUGACCCUAGAGAGCCUGCAGCCAGGAUGGAGUCUCCAAGGAAAAAGAGGAGGAGGAAAAGAAAGCGGGAGGCGCCACGGGAGGAAGAAGAGAACGAUCAUCCGGAGGGCCCCAAGAGGCUGAGGCCUAGUGUCUCUGCAGUCCCCGUGUGGAGUAUGAAUGGCCAGGUUCCUGGGGACCGUCUGGGGCCAGGACAGGCUCCUCUUGUACCUUGGAACAGAGAGCGAGAACCCGAUGUGGUCCAGGAGUUGCUCAGAUACUCCUCUGACAAGGCCUACGGGAGCAAAGUUCUGAGCUGGAGUGGGGAGCCGUCCGCGAUCAGUCAGGAUGCCAUCGAAGACAGCAGAUUGGCCCGUACCCAGACUGUGCUUGACCACUGGGAUGAGGAGUUUGAUCGAGGAAAGGAGAAGAAAAUGAAAAAACUCAAGAGAGAGAAGAAGAGAAACUUCAACGCUUUCCAGAAGCUUCAGAGUAGACGGAACUUUUGGUCUGUGACUCAUCCAGCCAAGGCCACCAGCCUCAGCCACCGCCGCUGAGCUCAUGCUGUUGAGGGCCGUCACUUCCUGGGAACUCUGUCUGGAUCUGAAGAGUGGCCUCAAGCAGACUCCACCUCCCUGUCACCUCUAGGCUGCUGCACUGUGAGCCUGCCACGGCAGGGGACUCCUGUCCCCACCGUCUUAGGGGACCCGUGAGGCCUGGGCUUCUACGGCUCAGAACCUGUGGAGACAUUCACGAAAGGCCCCUCACGCGAAGCCCUGGCAUGUGGUGUCACGCAGACCGGCAGCUCGCUAUGGGGCCUCCAGAAAGGCCAAGUGACCUUGUGGUCAUGGACAGUGGGGUCUGGGUGGGCAGAGCUGUCUGUCCCAGGGGCUCUUCCCCAGUUGUCCUGUGCUCAGGGUGGCAGGGUGCCUUGGCUCUUCCUGGCGAGCACCCCUUGUUCCCUGCAGGUGGCGCUGUCUCGUGCUGCGCCCUGUGACUGUAUGCCUUACUGUCUGCCUCAGAGAGGAAGGUCCUGCACUGACCACAUCGCUGCCUUUCCCUUUCCUGCCUGGGGUUGGCCCUUCCGGAGUAUCUCCUCCUCACAGGAACUCCGAGCUCUGUGGAGAGCAGAGGCUGGGAUGGGAACCCUUGAAAGUAAUGCCAACGCAUCUGCUCCCGAGGCUGCUGCCUCUCCUGAUGGUUUGGCUGUAGCUUCCCUUCAGCUGCAGUGGCCCGUGGGUCUCUGCAGAAGUGGUGAUCUUGGGGAUGAGGUCUCCGUCAGCUGAUAUCCGAGCAGGCCUGUGGCUUCCUGUACAGUAUGUUUCCCUGAUACGCAAACCCUGGCUUCGUGUACUCAGUCUUGGGAGCGCCGUGGAGUCUGGCUGAUUGUACUGUUCACGCCCCUCCCCUGUGCAAGCCCUGUCUGCAGACGUGUGGUUGGACCGGCCUGGGUCUCCUCGCGGAGGUGCUCUCUGAGGAGGAUGGCACCUUCCAGGCGCUGCUCACAGUGCCGGGCGCUGGCCCUCCCCAGGAGGGCCCACCUCUGCCCUUGGCCUGUGCCACCCUUGUUUUGCUCUGCUGCCACACUUGAGGCCUCACUUGAUCCUGGUGUAGAAAGAAGACUUGCUUUUUCUUUAUGGGGAGGAGAUUCUUUUUGUUUUCUUUUCCUGUUUUUCGUAUUUCCUUUUAAAAGAAGGUGGAGGGAAGAGUGGCACCAGGGCUGAUCUGUUGGCUGCUCCCCAUCCCAGCAGGAAGUGGGCCAUGGCUUCGUGACCUGUUGUCUGGGGAGGCCAGGGCUUGCUUUCCUCUUGAGGCGCUGACGUUCUUGCCUGUAUGAACUGCGUCCCCAGCCGUUUCGUUUCGUAAUGCCUUGUAGUUAAAUUUAGUUGUCUUCUAGCACACAAUUGACCUCCCCUCUCGCUCUCCCCCCUUCCAAGUGGGUCUCUUCCUUCUCCGCUGGAUUGCACGCUGCAAACCCUUGUCCUGGAGGGGCUGCCUCCCUCUCCCAGGUGGUGGAGUGCCUGACCUGACUUUUGACGGUGCUCAUCGCUGUCCGGCAGAAGCCAGCCCCUCCCUUCCCAGAAAACCAUCAGCCAAACAGGGACCAGGAAGAAUGAGGCCCAGAAACCACCACCACCACCACCCACCCCCCGUUCUGGGUGCCCGUAGUGUGUAAGCACAUGUUAGUGACCUCAGUUCUUGCCAUGGUGGCCUCUCGGCACAGAGCUUGCCUUUGUGCUUGGGAGUGCAGGUGACGGCCCCUGUGCAGUGGGCCCUCACCAGUGUUCCUCACUGCCCCGUUCACCUAUCGUGAGGAGCCACUUCCCACUGUGUCCUGGCUGUGUGGCCACACCCAUGUGUGUACAGGCGUCCCUGCCCUCUGUACUUCCUCUCCAGUGGCCUGGGGAGCCCCAGGUGUUGCCAAGAUCUUGGUGCAAUAAAUAAUGUGCUGUUGUGGGUC